AUGGUCCUGCUAUGUCAAAUGGCGCCAGACUUUGAAGAUGUUUGGAAUGAACAUCUUGGUGAUCUGGGUGUAUACCGGAUCGCUAUGGAAGAAGAUCACUUCGAGAACCGUAGAGCCUGGACAUCGACUACACGUCAAUGGUACUCCAAGGCUAGUCAUAGGUCUCCCUCGAUCGGCCGUCUUUAUCACGGAUUAGCAACCUGUGCGAAAGCGAACACUCUCGAGCAGCUCUUCUUCUACACAAAGUCUCUCUGUGUACGAGUCCCGUUCCUAGACGCUCGGGAUUCCCUUGCGACGUUCUUCAAACAGAAUAUGGACGAGGAGGUGACCGGAGCUAUGGAUAUCACCACUGUCUUCGUACGCACCCACGGUCUUCUGUUCUCUGAGAAGGACCACAAUCAGUUCAUUGCACAGUCGGAAGUCUUGACUGAACACCUUGCUGCAUCUGCUUGCCAGUGGACGGAGGAUGGGUACCACAUAUCCAUCGUCCUGCAUUGCGCUCUACUUGAAUACGGUAGCGAGAGAAACCCGAUGAUGAGGAUCAUCAAACAAGGACGUGCAGAAGAAGGAGACCUGGCAAUGAGCCACACCCAAAAAGCCGACGAGAUGACGCCCGACCCAAAUCAGAAAUUCAACCUCGCGCUUGGUUUCGUGUCUCGCGCCCACAGGGCGAUGUUUGGCAGCACCGGUGAUGAGAAGACUUACUCUUAUUUGCAUGUCGCCCUGGUAUUCUUGCAUCACAUGUCGCAGUUCCCCAAUGCGAUGGCUCUUGUCGGGAAUACGAUGCCUUGGAGGGAGAUCUGCUCAUUUUUGAACAGGACGAUGCAAUCAUGUUCAUCCGUCCAGAAGAUUGAGUCGGAUGACUUGCCGCAUUCCGUGUCUCGGGAUGCCCGGCCACUGCCCGAGGACUUUGCGCUGAGGGGGUUGCUGUGGACUGAAACAUAUUAUCCCGAUGAAUGGUUCUCCAAAAUCGGAGCAGACACCAACAAGACGGGUCGACUGACUAGCUGGAUGUUGCAGGAGCGCAUGGACCGGUGCCUCUGGCUUGGCUGUCGUAUUGCCAAGUCGGGCGUGUGGUUGCAGUAUGACAAGACUGUCGGGCGAUUCCGUGCGAACUCGAGGUUCGAUGCGGAACUUUGA